AUGUCAAAUUCUCUAAUUAAGGAACCUACAAAAUCUGAUUGCCAAAAUUAAGAAUAAAUGUAAGGAUUGACAGGAUCAAAAUAUUUAUCUAUAAAUCCUACUAACUUAGAAAAUAUAAUGAAUAUUAAUGGAUUUGAACCUAAAUUAUAAUAGGAAAUGGUCAAACCUGUUAUUGACUCAAAUAUUAUAUAAACUAUUAAAACAAUUUCAGAUGAUGAACAUUAAACUAUAAAUUUAGAUCAAAUUAAUAUAUAGCUUACUGAAAUUGAAUAAGACAUGUCAAAUACCAAUUUUAAUUAAAUAUUAGCAUCUUUAAAUAUCAUUUUUGAAAAAUUAUCAGAGUCAAUUAAUUAUAAUAUUGAAAAUGAAUUACCAUAUCAAAAACAUAUUGUUUAUUAACUUAGAGUCUCUGUAUUAUUAUCUAAAGUCUAUAAGUUUAUGGGAGAUUAUAGAACAUCCAUACAUUGGUUAUAAAGAAUAAGAGAAAAUUACCUAGUUUUUGAUCCUAAUUUUGCUGGUAAAAUAAUGGUUGAACUAUCUAAAUUAUAUUUCCUCAAUUUUUAAAUAAGAGAAUCAUAAGAAAUCUUGCAUUAAGCAUUAUUACAUUUUGAAAAAAUAUAAUGGAAAGCAGAAAUUGCAAAAACUUUACUUUUAUAGGCUCGUAUGUGUUCUUGGAUGAGUAUUAUUAUUAUUUUAAAUAUAUUAUAGAUAAUUUUGAUUUGGCAACUAAAUUAUCUUAUGGAGCAAUAUCUUUAUUAAGAGAAGCAUAUAUUAAUGAUGAAACCAAAUUAGAUUAGGCUUAUUUUAUCUUAGCUGAAUGUCAUUAUGUAUCUAAGAAAUAUGAUACUGCUAAGGAAUUCUUAGUAAAAGUUUUACAAUUAAAAUUAUAAACAGAAUAAUAAGAGAAUCAUCCUACAUUUCUUGAAACGUAUAAUUUAUUAGGUUUAAUACAUGCUUAAAUAUAUGAUCUUAAAACAUCUUAUUUUUAUUUUUGUCAAGCCUAUAAAUGCAUAAAGUAAAAUUAUAUUAAUUAUCAAUUUAGUAUAAAUCCAAUAUAAAAAGGAUAGAUUUUAAAUAAUUUAUCUGUAAUAUAGAAAUUUCUAGGAUAAUUGGAAUUAGCAGGAAGAUGUUAAAAUGUAGCAAAUGAAAUUUAUGGUAAAUUUUUAUCAGAAAAUCAUUAUCUCUUUAAGAGAUUAGUACUUAAUUCUAUUAUUGAAUCUUAAUAGUGA